UGUGACAAUGACAACUGAAGUUGGCUCAGAGACUGAAGUAAAGAAAGAUUCUGAGCAGCUGGGACCAGACAAAGCCAAGGACAAGCCUGAAGAAGCAUCAGAGACUCCAGAAAGUCAAAAGUCCAGGGAAACAUCCUCUGAAGGAGCUCAAGAUUCUUCCUCUGUCCCAGCACCAACUAGCCAAAGUAGUCCAAGUAGCCAGAAGAAGGAAAAAGGUUCACCUGAAAGCAAGGGUAUUUCUCGUUUCCUUCCCCCCUGGCUUAAGAAACAAAAAUCAUACACCUUGGCAGAGCCCAAAGAUGAGACCAAGAAAAGGACCACAGGGGAAGAACAAGUAGUUGAAGAAAGUGAAUGCCAGGCAGCAGAGGGGGUGGCUCAGCCUAAAAAGAGCUUAGAAGAAGCAGCGGCUGAAAAUCAGCAUAAUGCUAAAGCAGACGACAAAGAAGAAAAACACUCUGUUAGUAGUGCUGAAACACAGCCUGCCAAAGAAGAUGGUAAAGAAAGUGAAGUAGAGAAAGUUACAGAGGAAAAGGAAGAAAAACAAGAAGAAAAAGAAAAAAGGGAGACAAAAGAAGUGCAGACAGCUGAAAUUAAAACAGAAAACAUUCCUCAGAAGUCUCCCAAGAAAAUUAAAACUGUGCAGUGUAAAGUGAUGCUUCUGGAUGGCACGGAAUACAGCUGUGACCUAGAGAAAAGAGCAAAAGGCCAAGUGCUGUUUGACAAAGUGUGUGAACAUCUCAAUUUACUGGAAAAAGACUAUUUUGGGCUGUUGUUUUAUGAGAAUUCAGAACAGAAGAACUGGCUAGAUUCUUCGAAGGAAAUUAAGAGACAAAUUCGAAGUUUACCUUGGAUGUUCACCUUUAAUGUGAAGUUUUAUCCCCCUGAUCCUUCACAGUUGACUGAAGACAUCACUAGAUAUUUCUUGUGCCUACAGCUUCGUCAGGAUAUUGCUUCUGGUCGACUGCCAUGUUCCUUUGUGACUCAUGCCCUCCUUGGUUCAUAUACCCUGCAGGCUGAGCUGGGUGAUCAUGACCCAGAGGAGCACAGCAGUGACUAUAUCAGUGAAUUCCAAUUUGCACCCAAUCAAACUCAAGAAAUGGAAGAAAAAGUAGCUGAGCUACACAAAACACACAGGGGCUUGACUCCAGCACAGGCGGAUUCCCAGUUCCUAGAAAAUGCUAAGAGACUCUCCAUGUAUGGAGUGGAUUUACAUCAUGCCAAGGAUUCUGAAGGUGUGGAUAUCAUGCUGGGUGUAUGUGCUAAUGGACUGCUCAUUUACAAAGAUAGACUCCGGAUCAACCGCUUUGCUUGGCCAAAAAUUCUGAAGAUUUCCUAUAAGCGAAGUAAUUUCUACAUCAAAGUCAGGCCAGCAGAACUGGAACAGUUUGAGAGUACUAUUGGGUUCAAACUGCCAAACCAUCGCGCUGCAAAAAGGUUAUGGAAGGUUUGUGUGGAGCACCAUACUUUCUUCAGACUUGUAUCACCAGAACAGCCUCCAAAAGCAAAGUUUCUAACGUUGGGUUCCAAGUUCCGCUACAGUGGACGUACGCAAGCACAGACACGACAGGCUAGCAACCUCAUAGACAGACCAGCUCCAUACUUUGAGCGCACUUCAAGCAAACGUGUUUCCAGGAGCCUUGAUGGAGCUCCCAUGGGUAUCUCAGAUCAAAGUCUGUUGAGAGACUUCCCUGCUCCUGGAGGGCAGGCUGCUGGAGAUAAAAUCCUUGACAUUGAAGCUGCUGGUCAGGCCAAGUUAAAAGAAGAUGGCAGAGAAGAAGACGGAAGCCCAAUCAAAACUCCUCAAUUAGAAUUGAUUCAGGAUGGAAAGAGCAAUUCCUUGAGAGUAGACGGGGAAAAUAUUUAUGUCAGACAUAGCAAUUUAAUGUUGGAGGACCUGGAUAAGACCCAGGACGACUUACUGAAACACCAGGCUAGCAUUAGUGAGCUCAAGCGCAAUUUCAUGGAAUCCACACCUGAACCACGCCCAAAUGAGUGGGAAAAGCGGCGUAUCACACCUCAGUCCCUACAGACACACGGGAGUUCACAUGAGACUCUGGACAUAGUGGAGGAGAAGAAGCAGGCAGAGGUUGGGAUAGAAGAAACACUAGUCGUAGACGAAAGCAACAAAGGGAAAAUGCAAGUUGCCGCUGAUGCUGGGGAAGCAUGUAAGGUGGAGCAUCUGUCAAAAAAGGACUCUUCAUCACUGCCAUCAGAUAGUAGCAGCAGCAGCAGCAGUAGUAGUGAGAGUGAGGAUGAAGAGGUGGGAGAAUACCAGCCACAUCAUAGGGCAAUUGAGGAAGUCAUCAGGGAAGAACAGGAAGAAGAGGAAGACGUGAAAAGGAAAGAACAUGAAGAAAAAAUACAGCAUGUGGAAGCCACACCAGAAGGCAGUAAACUACAUGUACCAGUUGAGCACACGCAAGUUACAGCUGAAGAUUUGGUCCAGGAAAAUGCAGUUACCAUAGCUACAGAAGAGCAGAAUUUGUCACAGGAAAUUAAGCAAGAUUUAGGUGAAGAAAGAGAGGAAGAAGAGCUCAAACUCAAUGGAGAUGUGUCUCAUGUUGACAUUGAUGUUGCACCACAAAUAAUUUGUUGUUCUGAGCCUCCAGUAGUGAAAACAGAGAUGGUAACCAUUUCAGAUGCCACACAGAGAACUGAAAUCUCCACUAAAGAAGUUCCAAUUGUUCAAACAGAAACUAAAACUAUCACAUAUGAAUCUCCACAGUUUGAUGGCAGUGCCAGUGGCAAUGCUGGUGUGCUGCUGAGUGCACAGACAAUUACAUCAGAGUCAAUUUCUACUACGACAACUACACACAUCACAAAGAUGGUAAAAGGUGGGGUAUCAGAAACAAGAAUCGAGAAGCGUAUUGUCAUUACUGGAGAUGCAGAUAUUGACCAUGAUGAGGCACUGGCACAGGCAAUCAAAGAAGCCAAAGAACAGCACCCUGACAUGUCUGUCACAAGAGUGGUGGUGCACAAAGAAACUGAACUUGCUGAGGAAGAUGAAGAGUAAAAUCAAAAAUGCCCUCAAGCAAAUACGGCAGAAGUACAAAUGAUACUGACCGUGAUCAUGACCAUGAAGAACUGUAAUCAUUCCAAGUCAUCGCUGCUCUACCGAAUUCACCAAGCCUCGCAAUGAUGACCAGAUGUUCAAGACUUAAAUGCCAAUACCAAACUCCAUUUUAACAUCUUUGGUCUAUAUUCCCUUACAGUCUUUCUUGUUUAUUUUUUAUAACCACUUCUUAACAAUCUUAAAUUUUUUUAAAUGAAGUUUUAGAGGGUAUGAUCUUCUUUUGCACAAAUACUUGUAUUUUUGAAGCUGAUUCUUAAUUAUAUGAAAGUGAACAAAAAAGAAGUCUGCAAAGCACUGUUCACUGGAGCAGGUGGUAAUUGUGCAGGAAGAGGGAUCUUAACUAAUUUAGAUACGUUUUUUUCCAAAUAUUUCAAAUGAAAUCUCUUACUGGAGUAAUUUACAGAUUUUUUUUUUCCAGAUAUUCAGGUAAAUAUAUGGUAUCACAUAACAAAGAUUUUUAUAAAAAUACAACAUUUCCUAAAAUUUGAAAAAAUUUUAUACUGAUCUCUCUGUAACUCUUUCUGUUCUAAGGUUCUCCUCUCUGUGGAGCAGAGGUGGUGUGACAGUCUAUAGAGGAGAAGGAGUUGCAGACAUAUUUCUUCUGACUGAGCACUGUGUUCUUUUUGCACUUUGGUGCCAAUGCUCAACUUUUUGCAGACGUUUUGCUGUCUGCAGCAUUCCAGAUAAGGGAAGAAGGAAGAACAAAAUAUCUUUCUCUUCUUCCAACAAGAGAUGAUCUAGGCAGCUUAAAACCUUAGUGCUUUUUUUCUUACUGUGUCCAAACUUCAACACUUCCAUUAUUUGAAUACAUGUGUAGAAUGCUCACUUUUUAUUAAACCUCACUGUCUCCAUGUUAGAACUGACAUUUCUGUUAUCGAGAAGGUAUACGUUUCAGAUGCUUCAUCUAAUGGUUAAUGCAGGUUUUUAGGAUACUGAGUAGAAGUGUACGAUGGACUUAAUUCAUAAAGUAAUAAGUACCAUCAUUUGAGACUGCCAUUGAGAAAACCUGUUAAUUAUUUUGGAUUUUAUUUUUAUUUUGUUCUUGCAGGGGGUUGUUAUUUUGGGGGUUUUUUUGCUGUUGACUCUGUGUAUAGUUAAUAUGCCAAAUUAGAUUUAUAGCAGCUUGAAGUUGUAUUAAGUGAUAUUUUGCUUUCUGUAAUUCUGUUAUAAAAUAAAGUUGUUUAUUCUCUGUA